GCAAAAUGCAUCUAAAAGCGGCCAAGAAGGGACAAAACUCAGACCACAUUUAGAUUUCAAGCUGGAGCUGCUUUACAACCUGUUGAGUAGGGGGACUCUUGCAACUGUUGAAGAGAAAUGUGUGGAUCAACUAUUACAUUUGGGGUCUGUGCUCUUCUGGCCUGUAGUUUGAAUGGAGUCCACUCACAGGCUUAUAGUAAUUCGUUGGACUUUGAUUCAUCAUACCACAGUUAUGAAUAUAUAACAACACCCUUAAAACGGCAGCAUGCAUCCAAAUAUUGUGAGCUACGCUUUGGCAGUCUGCCUGUUGUCAGUGAUGCAGAAGAAAAGCGUGUUAUUUUGGAUCUGUUAGCUUCCCAAGGUGUUAAACAGCAAAUAUGGUUGAAUGGAGAGCUGAAUGAGGCAUUGGAUACCACAAGGGAAAACAGUGUCGAUAUGCUAGCGGUGUUGAUGUUCCCAAAUAAGACAGAUACCAAAUAUGCCAAAAUUCUCAGCACGCUGCCUUCUCUGUCCGCUGUUACGGCCUGUGCAAGUCUUCAGUGGGAGAACCAUUCAAAUGCCAUUGCUACGGUGUUCUCUUAUGCUGUUCCGGCGUUUAUGAAUGAAUUUCAGCUGCGUGGUCACAUUAACAACACUGGAUUUAUCCAGUUGGCCCUGAUAGUACAUGGGCACCACACACCCUAUCAGACUGUGCUAAAGAACGAUGGACAGUGGCACCGCAUUUGUGUGACGUGGCAAACAGAGAAAGGCGCUUGGUCUUUCUACGCUGACGGGCAAGUGGUGAGCUCUGGAGAGGGUUGCUACAGCUCACAACUUCUUGCUGGAAAUGGGACGUUUAUUAUUGGUCAAGAUCAAGAUUCACUGGGAGGUGCGUUCACAAACGAGGCAUUUAGUGGCAACAUUACAAACCUAAACAUCUGGUCGAGGGUCCUGGACAGGAGUCAGAUGCAGCAGUCAGUGGGUGUUCCGUCCCACAGCAACAUCUCAUCUACCAGUGGAACCUGGCCAGUUUGGAAGUUGAAUCCACAAUACGAGAGUGACCGGUCUAACAACGGGAACUGCUCCACGAUCACCGUUACUGUCAGCAGACGGCAGCCGGAGUCAUACACCACAGAUACAUACCUGAAGCUGAAGAAGUUUGAGUCAGAUCCAACGAGCUUAUUCAAGACUAAAUUGAAUGAAUUUUCUAAUAAUGUCACCGUCGCUGAGUACACCUCAUUGAGCGGUGUCAAACUUGUACACAAUGUUUCUGAAGCAGCGGCAGUUAUGAAGACCGUGCAACACGUCCUGAGCAUAGAAAACACCACUUUGCAAGCAGCUGACCUGCUGAGUGUCAUCAGCUUGUUACAAAAUGUUGCGGGCUUGGAGGUGGGUGCAAGUGACACCAGGGAAUGUCUGGAAGACAUUAGCCGAAGCUUCAUAGAUGUGGCUGGUGAGAUUCUUGAUCAGCACAAUGAGGAAAGCUGGAGAGAAGUCGGUGAGAUUGUCCGGGGGCCAAUGGCAGUAGUAUCUGGUGUUGACAGAAUGGUGCAAAAUCUGAACAAGGUGUUGGCUUUUGACCAGAAGCACAUCAUCAUUCGAAAUAAAAACAUCCAACUUGAAAUCAGACAAAAGCUGCUCCACAACUUUACAAAUGACUUUGAUGUUUCUAUGGGUGAUGGGAUUAACAAAUCAUCUGAUCGAAUUGGACUUCCGAAGGAAGCAAUUGAAAGGCUUCAAGGAAAAGGAAAACACAUCAGUACACAGGUGGCAUCUGCGGUUAUUUCAUCCACUGUGUUCCAAGGACACCGGGAAGUCAGUACUCCCACACAGUACAGACUGCUCCACAGAGUAAAGAUGGAUCCUUCUCUAGUCAUUGAUUCUAUCUGCGCCUUCUGGGAUUUCAGCCUAAGUGAGCCAGAGAGUGGUGGGAGCUGGUCCAAGGAUGGCUGCAGCAUCGUCGAGACUGAUCGCCAGUCAACCACCUGCUUCUGCAACCACACGACAAACUUUGCUUUGCUCUUCCAGCUUUAUGAAAUGAAGCGAAGUCCUUAUGAGGAGGCUGUCCUAAUGAAGUUAACCCUGAUUGGCUGCUCUGUAUCUCUCUGUGCAAUGGUGACCACACUGAUAGUCUUCUCAGUGCUGGGAGUUCCAAAAUCGGACCGAACCACAGUCCACAAAAAUCUCAUCAGUGCGCUAAUUGCAGCCGAAGCCCUGUUACUGACGAGUGAAUCGGCAAAGACACAUCAGGUGGCAUGUUGGGUCGUGACAGCUCUACUGCACCUGUUCUUCAUGGCAGCUUUUGGCUGGAUGCUGGUGGAAGGAAUCCUUCUCUGGAGCAAGGUCAUCUCCGUCAAUAUCAGCGAAGACAAGAGGAUGAAGUAUUACUACCUGAUUGGUUGGGGUAAAUAAUAUUCUCCUUUUCUGAUUCCCAGUUUUAUUGUGGUCAUCACCGUAGCAACUACUGGCGACAGAUACAUAGCGGAUAAUCAUUGCUGGCUAAACAUUGAGAGCAACGUCAUCUGGGCCUUUGUUGGGCCUGUGCUUUUCACUCUAACAGUCAAUACGUUUGUCCUUUGUCGUGUUGUGGUGAUUACAGUCACACUCUUCCAGCGCCGGUCCACGAUGUUGGUAUCAGGAGCCAGCCUACCUCACCGUGUUUACACCCAGACAUGGCAGAAGAUAACACAACGGAUAAAAUAUAACAUGGAAAAAUAUGAGGUCAUCAAGCAAGGCGAACAGACAGCUAUCAAGCCUGUGGCUAUUCUUUUGCCAGUGUUGGGUCUGACCUGGUUUUGUGGGGUUUUGGUCCAUCUCAAUAUUACUCUUGGCUAUGUCUUUGUUGUACUUAAUUCCUUCCAGGGCCUCUAUAUAUUCUUGGUGUAUACCCUGUACAACAGCGAGGUGAGGAGUGCCGUUAAGAGAAUGAGAGAGAAAAAGAAAGCGUUGUCUUUCAAGAUCCCUUUAAUGAACUGA